AUGGAGAUUGCCCGCCGGGAGCCCUUCAGCAUCAUGCCCGGCCGGAAGCGCCCGCUGGAGAUCCUUCGCCAGCGGUUCCAGUCAGAGCUCGUCGCGAAGAUGACGCCCAAGGAGCGGAGCCAGCUCUACGCGGACCUCACCAAGCUAGCCAAUCUGUCUGAAUCCCAUGUACUCCCUGCUCAUAUCCUGGAGCUGCUGAAGAAGCACAGCCGCCGCGGCAUCUGCGACGAUUACGUCGAGAUCGAGAUGAACGCCGUCCAAGACGCGGCCCUCGUGGAGAUGCAGAAGCAGCUGGACAAGUUCCUUGGAGAGAGGGCCCAAGACCAAGAGGAGGACCAAGACGUGGACAUCGUCGGUGGCGUCUCCCCUUUGCCGGUCAGGCCGACAUCAGUGCAGGUGCAGCUCGGCGACGCCUCACCGGUGAAGAAUCUUGGCCAAGGUGCAACCAUCAGCGGCAGCAGCGGCUCGGAUUCUGGUUCAUCUCACCAGAGCGUCGACAGUCGUCCAGCUCCGGCAGAGCGCGCCGCCAACAGUACUACGCCUCCAACACGCGACCUCAUCGCCCGUGCCGGCGAGAUUUUGGAAAGGCGACGAAAGAAGGAGACGUCCCGGGCGAGGGAGAAGGCCCGUCAGCAAGUGCUCGAGACGGAGAGGACGGCAAUGUUCAACGAGACCCUGGACGAGGAGGCGAAGGCGCUCGGCAUUGAUCAGUACAACACGGCCAGGCCGGACAACUUGUUGCGACAGAUGGGACUCUUCCUCAAGCUUGACGACCACGACCUGAAGCAGCAGCAGCAGCAGAAAAGCUUCCAAGAAGAUUUAGAGGAAGGGGAGAUUGAACGUGAUUGA